AUGGGGUUCGCUAUUACUGCACUAUCCCUACUUUCCGCUCUGGUCACUGCAGCAAUCAUCCCUCUCCUCUACAAGUUUAUUCCCAGCUUCUGGCGCUCUCUUCGCUCCCCGGUCAACGAUGUACCAGGUCCUGAGUCCGGCCACUUUCUCUGGGGCAACCUGAAGCAAAUUUCAGACGCCGAUGCCUUAGUCCUUCACGAGGAGUGGGUCGCGACAUAUGGUCCUAUUGUGAAAUACAAGAUGAUGUUCAAUGAGAGCCGUCUGAUGAUGAUGGAUAAUAGAGCAAUAAACUUUGUACUCUCCAACUCAUCCAAUUUCCAGAAGCCCCAGACGAUUCGCAAUAACUUAGGCCGAUUGUUUGGACAAGGCGUUCUAUUUGCCGAAGGUGAAGACCAUAGACAACAACGCCGGAUCUUAAAUCCCGCUUUUGGACCAGUAUAUCUCCGUGAUCUGACGGAAAUAUUUCUCGAGAAAUCUGGCCAGCUUCGCGAUUUGUGGACAGCAGAAAUCUCUAAGUCCACUGAUGAGACAACAAAGGUCAAUAUUGUCACGUGGCUCAAUAAGACGACUCUCGACAUCAUUGGUCUGGCGGGCUUCAACUACUCCUUCAAUGCCCUUGCACCAGAUGACCAGCCAAAUGAGCUCAAUGAUGCUAUCCGCAACGUACUGAAAUUCCCCAGUGGAUUCCCCAUCUUUGCAAUUUUGCGAAACAUCUUUCCGAUCCUGAGCAGCAUCCCGUCUAAACGAGGACGCGAUCUAGCUCACGCUCACGCCACCAUGGCCCGAAUCGGCAAGGAAUUGAUAGCCGAAAAGAAAGCAUCAGCGCUUGCUGAAGCUGGUAACGGAUCGAGCACCAACGAGAAAGGCCACGUCUUGCGGGACCAUGUAAAAGGAAAGGAUAUCUUAUCUCUGCUAGUGAAAGCCAACAUGGCUGAGGAUCUGCCUGAGGCCUUACGCCUGAGCGACGACGAUGUCAUGGCGCAGGUUCCGACUUUCUUAAUUGCAGGUCAUGAAACUACGAGCUCGGCCGUGACUUGGGCUCUUUGGGCCCUUGCAGGUGAUCAGGAAUGUCAGACCAAAUUGCGCGCGAACGUACUUUCUGUCUCCAGCGAUACACCAACCAUGGACGAACUGAAUGGUCUCUCAUGUCUCGAUCAUGUCGUGCGCGAGACUAUGAGAAUACACGCCCCAGUGACGUCCACUCUCAGGAUCGCUACCCAUGACGACGUAAUUCCUACCGACCAUGAGUGGACGGACCGCCAUGGUAUAACGCGACGAGAAGUCCGUGUGAACAAAGGAGACACCAUAUUCAUCCCAAUUCUGGCCAUCAACCGUUCCAAAGAGCUUUGGGGCGAGGAUGCGUCUGAAUUCAAGCCUGAGCGCUGGGACAAUCUUCCCGAGGCGGUGCGCAGCAUUCCCGGAGUCUGGGGCAAUUCCUUGUCCUUCCUCGGAGGAGCCCGCGCUUGCAUCGGAUAUCGUUUCUCUAUCAUCGAGAUGAAGGCAAUGUUGUUCACGCUCAUACGCGCCUUUGAGUUCAACCUGGCCAUACCGCGGGAAGACAUCAUCAAGAAGUCAGCGAUCGUACAGAGACCGUACAUCAAGAACGACGUGGAGGCUGGCACUCAGUUGCCGUUAUUGAUCUCCGUCGCGAAGUCAGCAUGAGAACGCGAGGUUUUUUUUGUUUCUUCCGUUGGCUCUGGUCUUGUAGUUUGUAUGGGAAGGAAAAGUCUCACCUCCACAUUUUAUGGACAUUCUUUGUUUACUUUCCUUCCAGCCGAUGUUGUACAUUUAUGUCUCGCCAUAACCUAUAUCGUAUCGUAAUAGUUGCCAGUCAUUAGCAGAUUCAAGAUCGC